CUUUUGUUUGUUAGGGUUCGUUUUAAAAAUUUUCUGGACUUUCUUUAAUUAAAACCCAACAAAAUGAUAAAAUUUAAUUAAAAAUUAACUAAUUGUAAUUGUUAAUUGUUAAAUUCGGUGCCGGGAGUGUUUAUUUAAUAUUUACGUGCAAUUUCAAGGGCCUGGAGCCGGUGAAAUGGUUUCUGCAAUUUGAACUUCAAUAAAUUCCACUUCGAAGGGGGCCAGGAUUCAUUAAUUAGAGUAAUUAUUAGUUGGUAUCGCGUCACCUGUCUUUGUCUAACCCUGUCAAACGGAACCAAGACAAAUCGUCAUCAAUUUGUCAAACAGUUUGACACUCAAAUGCCACGCAAUAAAUUUUUUCCUGCUGUUAAAAUUCCCGUAAGCUCGCCCGAAAUGCGUUUAAAAGCGUCCAAAAACGAUGAAAAAUUAAACAAAAUACAGAAAAAAAGUCCCAAAGAUGAGAAAAAAGUCAAGAAUCGAAUAAAACCUCAUUCAAAUUUUACAGAAAAUGGAAGCGGAGAUUAUUGCCACAAUAUUAACAAAAAAUUAAAAGAAGACGAGAAGAAAAAGCAAAAAAAUAGCAAAAUUAUCGAUAAACAUUCAAAUAAAGAAGAAAAUGUUCACAAACCAAAACAAACAGCAACAAAAACAAACCAAAACAAGAAAAAACAAGUCAAAAGUGCAGAAAACUGCAAUAAAAACAUUACAGAAACCUGUAACGAAACGGAACUAAACAAAAUCGCUAAAGCGCAGGCGCGCAAAAUCGCCGAAAAACAUUUUCCGCAAAUCGAAAAUCAAUUCAUCCAAAUGCUCAACGGAAAAUUCGACGCUUUGGCUAAAUCGCUCGAGGAAACCGGCGACCGGGCCAAAGAAGAACGGAAACAAUUAAAAUUGAAAACGAAAAAAGCCCGCGAAGAAAUGACAGUUGAAAUCGUGAAGAAAAUCGAAAAAAGACUUGGGGGAAAAAAAGUUAAAGAAAAUCAAGAUAAAAUUCCUUCAAAAGACAAUCCAAGUUGCUGUAAUUCCCAACAGCCGAAAAGAAGAUUAAAAUUGCCAUCGGCCUCUUUGCAAAUAAUCGAAGAGGAAUAUUUCGUGCCACUCGAAGGCGACUUCGAAGAAUUGUACUAUAGUAGGCCGUGGACUGAUAGUACUAUUUCAGAUAGUCUCGAUUCGACAGAUGAGGAUUAAGUAUAGAAUUCUAUGAUGAAUAAAAAUUAGGCUUCUUUGUCUUAUUUAUUUAAGUUUUCAUUUACAAAUGAGAAAGACAGUUGUAUCGUUUUCGUUAAGUAGAUUGUAUCGCUAUCUUGCUUCAAGGUGAUGAGAAGAACAAGGAUGUACAUUUUCACUUAGGCGUUUUCCUAAAUCAAUAAAAAAACAAUUUUUUUCUCGAUAAGGACUUGAUUUAGAAACAUCAGUCAAAUGCAAUCUAGGUGACAGAUCUGAUUGCAUUCAGCCGACGUUGCUAUUCACAAAAUCCAUAGCCAACUAUGUUCGAUUGCAUUAAAUCAACUUAACAGAUUUUAAAAAGUCUUACCUGGUAAACGGCAGUUUCCAGUUUCCGCGACGCAAAGUUUCGAAAAUCGCUCCCGAUCGUUCCUGAAAUUCAAUAA